AUGCAAAAGAAGGUAGCGCCCGAGCGACGCCCUUACUGUGAUCCUCGGCUGCAGGACGAUAAGCUGAGGAGAAAGCGAACUCUGCAUCUUCCGCGGGUUUCGCAGGCUCAGAAGAAGGGCGAAAAGCGCCAGCUGAACGACUGCCCCUUCUUCAAUCUCAAAUAUGGCUUCGACCAGCUGCCCCUGGAUCCUGUCAAGGAGUUUCUGCAGGAGAAGAUAUCCCACAUGCAAACCGACAAAAUUGUGGGACGCUGCAAUCGGGAGUUCGAUUUCCACCGAUACGAUUUGGAUAACGUAAAGGAGGAGUAUGACGAGUGCGAUGAUGACAGUCUUCAGGAACUGCAACUGGAGGACAUCAUAAUGCCCGAGCAGUUCGAGAUGCUGCGCGAUGCCAAGGAUCAUACGUACAACUUUGACUCUACGGCUUGUAAUCAAUUUCCCUGGAUUGACAAAUGGAUGACUGGCGUGCGGCCCAGUGAGCAGGAAAUCUAUGAAAUGACCAGCCAGCUUUUGGAAAUCUACUGCAAUCGGAGAGUAAGGAUUUUCUACCCGGGCUGUGGAACCAGCUCCUCCUUGUGGACCAAUCAGCUGAGGCGACAGCACGGAUCUCCUUCGGAACUGAUUGGGGCCUAUCGAACACCCUCCGCUCGCCACAUGAGAGUAAACAACCUGAAAGGACCUCCAAGGAAGGAGAAGUUCACUGCCGGGGAUCAUUAUGCAUUCCGAACUCCACAGGAAUGUCGCAACGAGCUAAUGAGGGUUGGCAAGAUAAUUGACGAGCUUAUCGAGCCCGUGCUGAAGGCAGCCGAGCACAAAAUAGGUCACGGCCUCACCAAGUACCCCGAUCCACCCACCUGUAAGGAUAAAAGUAAAACGCUGACAGUGCUGAAGUCCGUAGGUCUCCUUGCGGUUAAGAAAAAGACUUGCUGUGUGGGAAAGAGUCGUAUACAUCGUAAGGAUUUCUCCACAAAUGAGGAGUUCCUGCGCUGUCUCAAGAAAAUGGAAGCCACCCACUUUCCGUACAUGCAACCCCUGCAACCGGUGGAUCCUGAUGAGCAGAAGAGGCAGAUGCUGGCAAAAUACCAGUUGGAGCGGGCAAAAGCCGAGAAGAUUUUCCCCCUCAAGAUGCAAAAGCGAUUCCAGUGCCUCCUGAAGAGUAUGUCCAUAGUGCAACUGGCAACGUAUCCUUCACACCUUAUAAGAAAGGCCUUCAGACGCAUCGAUCCGAGGAGCGCCGUUCUUCAGGAUGCCUACCGAUUUAUACUCAAAGAGGAGAAAGAUUGGCCCAAACUGCCGCCAGAAGUUAUAUUAAUGGAUUAUCUGUUCGUGGGCGACCGCGGAGUGCGACAGGACUUGGCCAUCCUUAUUAUCGUGUGCCUCAUCGAUCUGCAGGAGGAUUUCCGCCACCAUGUCAAACGCAGCUUCCUGAACUACCUCCUAUCAUCCAAUAUGGAGAGACGGCGUCUGCAGCUGGAGCGGGAACCCCCGGACUUUCCCAAUUUCACCAUCUAUCCGCCGGUCCCCUGGCGUUCCAAUCUCUUGAGGGCCAAGGCCCGUAUAGGCGAGGUUCUCAUGACCACACAUCCCACGGUUCAGGCUGUGAAUAGGUUGUGGCAUGAUCUGUACGAUGAUUUGGUGGUGGUUGACCUGGCUCAGCUACUCCUGGCCCAACGGCCCCUGGAUGCGGAUACUGUCCAGGUUUUCAUUGAGAAGAGCUGCGCCGAGGUUCGGGAUCUACUGAUUAAUGAUUGGCUACCUCGCUGUGCGGAUUUGAUGAACGAAAUGCGAGGCACUUGGAAGGAUAUGGUGCCCAUGUCGGGAAAGUACGGUGGUCGGGCGGCCAUACUCUUCCGGUGCAUCCACUCCGCGAUGUCCCGUCACCUGAACAGCCUCAUUAGCAAGAGCAUCAACUACCUUUUCAAGGUGCUGUGCGCCUUUAAGGACGGCAACCGCAUCGACAAGUACUCCAUGUACGAUGCCAAGCUGAAGAGGAUUCCGCUGAUGACCCUGAUUGCCUCUGUGGUCGGUGCCCACUUCGAUCACGAACCCAUUGACAUGGGUCCUGGCGUCAGGCCCUCCUCGAAUAUAUAUGUCUAUGACGAGGACGAUGCCGAUCCUUUCCAGCAGCCACAGGGCACCCAGUUUGUAGAAAAUUUCCCUGACAUAGAUGAUGUGGCGCAGUUUGAAAUGGAUCAUUCGAACAAGCUUUAUAUAUACCCCUAUAUGCAGGAACUGCCUCGAAUUUUCACAGAGCAUUUUAAGAGUAUUUUGGCAGUGGGGUAUGAUAUUCCCCGGUUAGAAUUUGUGAUGUCGGGAGGAGAACCCGAAACGCAGGGCUAUCUCCACUACAUAGACGAGGAACAUGUGGAUUUCCUGGAACUCUGUGAGAAAGUCGAGCAGAUCGUGAAGGUCAACUGGCGCGGCGUGCAUGUGUACCUGAAGCCCAUCUACAAAUACUAUUUCGGGCUCUUCCAGAAGCUGAUAAUGCCCAUGGUUCAGAGGGUCUGGACCGAGAACAUACUGCCGGAACUUGGGCCCGUCCAGGAGCUGCUGAAAAAACUGCAGGCGGUGAGCGAUACGACCUAUUAUCUGCGCGAUUUCAUUCCGCUCAACCUGUUCAUGCUGGAUAAUCGGCACGUGAAGCUAUCGCUGCGGAUGUAUGUGCGCGAAAUCUACGAUUUCAUAAUUGAUUUUUACAAAGCCCUCAAUUGGAACGAGAAUCGGGCCAUCUGCGAGGAGCUGGAGGAGAUGUCGAUGAAGGCCGGCGAGCGGCCGGAGGAGACGCCCGAGGUGGUGGCCCUGCAGAACUACAUCAACGAGUGCCGGGAGAUGCGCAUAUUUGCCAUCAAGGAUGAAAUCAAGAACGUGUUGAAGCGCGUCGUCUUCCUGCUGACACACACCUACCUGUCCAGCGAUGAACUCCAUCUCAACUCGCGCACAUUCAUCCUGCCCGGCGAACUGGAGGAGGUCCUGGAUUUGAGUGCCGCCCGAUUGGCGGUGGUGCGUGAUAAUCUGGAGCUGGCCUUGCGGGAGCGGCGCAUGGAGUUCGAGAAGCUGCUCGCCCAGGAGAAGCGAACGAUGGACGGCUUUCGCAUCCGGGAAAUACGGGAUGUGCUCACGCUGGAGGAGCUCAAGGAGCGGGUGGAUACGGUCGAUUUGCUCUUCACCACCAUUGAGAACCUCAGUCGUGAGGCCAAGGCGAUUAACACAGAGGAGACCCUACUCCAAAUUGAUGUCUCCGCCUUCCCGCUCCUCGCCGAGAUCAUCGAGAAAAUGGAGCCCAUCGAGAAGCUGUGGAAGACCUCGUACGAAUUCGAGAAGGAUUAUCUCAUUUGGAUGUUCGAGCGCUUCGAAUGCCUUAAUGCGGAUGGCGUGCGGGAGCAAGUGGAGAAUAUGCACAAGAUAAUGUACAAGCUGUCCCGCCAAUUGGCCUACAAUCCAGUGGCCAAACGAGCCGCCGAGCAGAUGCGCAUGAAGAUCGAGAAGUUCCGUGUCUAUCUGCCCGUCUUGGACUCGAUUUGUCGUCAUGGAUUGGAGAAGCGGCACUGGGACCAGAUCUCCAAGAUACUGGGUCGCAAGGUCAACCCGAAGCUGUAUCCCACCCUCAAGGACAUGAUCGAUGUGGACAUCAUGAGCAUCCUGCCGCAGCUGGAGGAGAUUGCGAAUGCCGCUGGCAAGGAGUACGACCUGAACAAUGGACUGAGGAUCAUGCAGGCGGACUGGAAGGACGUGAUGUUCGAGGUGCUGCAGUAUCGCGACUCGGACACGCACAUCCUGGCCAGCCUGGAUGAUAUUCAGACGCUCCUGGACGAUCACAUAAUGCGAACGCAGGCCAUGAAGAGGUCGCCUUUCAUCACGGCCCUGGGCUCGAAGGCGGAUGACUGGGAGGCGCGGCUGCUUCUCAUCCAGAACAUCAUUGAUGCCUGGACCCAGGUGCAGAUCACCUGGAUGUACCUGGAGCCGAUCUUCAGCAGCGAGGAUAUCAUGCGACAGAUGCCGCUGGAGGGCAGGAACUUUAAGGCGGUGGACAAGUUGUGGCGGAAGAUUAUGAAGCACACUUUAAAGGAUCGCCAUGUGAUGGCGGCCACAGAGUUUCCGGAUAUGCUGGAGGUCUUCACCAAGGCCAUCGAGGAUCUGGAAACGGUCACCAAGGGCUUGAAUACAUAUCUGGAGCAGAAGCGUCUGUUCUUUGCGCGCUUCUUCUUUUUGUCCAAUGACGAGUUGUUGGAGAUUCUCUCGGAGACCAAGGAUCCCAUGCGGGUUCAGCCGCAUUUGAGGAAGUGUUUCGAGGGAAUUGGCAGCCUCACCUUUGACGACAACAUGGAGAUCAUCGAGAUGGUCAGCGAUGAGGAGGAGCGUGUGGCCCUGGUGCGCAAGAUAAAUCCGCAGUUGGCCAAUGGACUGGUGGAGAUGUGGCUCAAGGAGGUGGAGAUGGUGAUGCUGGACAGCGUGAAGGAGCAGAUGCGGGAGGCGUGGGAGGACUACGCCAUGGUGGAGCGCGUCUCCUGGGUGGUCAGUUGGCCCGGCCAGGUGGUGCAGGGCAUCUCCUGCAUGGCCUGGACCUACGAGGUGGAGGAGGCCAUCGAGACGAAGGAGCUGCCGGCUUAUUUGGAGAAGUCCAAUCUGCAGAUUGCCGACCUGGUGCAAUUGGUGCGCACGGAUCUGCAGGCCGGAGUCCGGAUUGCCGUCGAGGCACUGAUUGUCCUGGAUGUUCACGACCGCGAUGUGGUUAAGUACCUGACAGAUUGCAAGGUCUCCAACAUACAGGACUUUGAUUGGAUCUCCCAGCUGCGCUACUACUGGAAGGUCAACGAGAAAAACGAGGAUUGGGUGUGCGUCAGUAUGGUGGUCACAGAUGUCGAAUAUGGCAUGGAAUACCUGGGCAACCUGCCCCGCUUGGUGGUGACUCCCCUCACCGAUCGCUGCUACCGGACUUUGAUGGGCGCCCUGAAGCUCUGCCUGGGUGGAGCACCUGAAGGACCUGCCGGAACGGGAAAGACGGAGACCUGCAAGGAUCUGGCCAAGGCGGUGGCAAAGAAGUGCGUCGUCUUCAACUGUUCCGAUGGACUGGACUACAAGGCGCUGGGCAAGUUCUUCAAGGGCUUGGCACAAUCGGGCGCCUGGGCCUGCUUCGACGAGUUCAAUCGCAUCGAGCUGGAGGUGCUCUCCGUGGUGGCGCAACAGAUCCUGACCAUCCAGCGGGCCAUUGGACGCAAGGUUGUGAAAUUCUUUUUCGAGGAUACAAUGCUCAAACUGGAUCCGACUUGUUCCAUAUUCAUAACCAUGAAUCCCGGCUACGCCGGCCGAACGGAGCUGCCGGACAAUCUGAAGGUCCUGUUCCGCACGGUGGCCAUGAUGGUGCCGGACUACGCCAUGAUUGGCGAGAUCACCCUGUACUCAAACGGAUUCGACAUGGCCAGGAAUCUCUCCCAGAAGAUUGUACAGGCCUACAAGCUGUGCUCCGAGCAGCUGUCCUCGCAGUCCCACUACGAUUACGGAAUGCGCGCCGUAAAGUCCGUUCUGCUGGCCUCCGCAUCGCUGCGACGGCUUUAUACUGACCUGCCGGAGCCGGAGAUUGUGCUGCGUGCCAUUGUGGAUGUCAAUUUGCCAAAAUUCCUGGAGCAGGACAUCUCCCUCUUCAUCGGCAUCUACAUGGAUCUCUUCCCCGGCGUCGAGUUGCCCAUGCCGCAACGUGGCGACAUACUCAAGUGGCUGCACAUCAACCUGGCGGAUCGGAAUCUGCAGGCGACGCCCUGGUAUUUGGAGAAAAUUCUGCAGAUAUACGAGAUGCUGCUCGUGCGGCACGGCCUGAUGAUAGUGGGUGGCUCGAUGGGCGGCAAGACCACUGCCUACCAGGUUUUGGCCCAGACAUUGCGCAAUGUUGCCAACGAUGAGGAGGCGACGCUGAAGGAGUUCCCGGUCACGUUCCGCAUCAUCAAUCCGAAGGCCAUCACCAUGGGCCAGCUUUACGGGCGCUUCGAUCCGGUUUCCCAUGAGUGGUACGAUGGAGUGCUGGCCAAGACCUUUCGGGAGCAGGUCCAAGGACCCAAGGGCGAGAGGGCCUGGGUGAUGUUCGACGGGCCCGUGGAUGCGGUGUGGAUCGAGAAUCUGAACACCGUGCUGGACGACAACAAGAAGCUCUGCCUGAUGUCCGGCGAGAUAAUGCAGAUGACCAAGCUGAUGAACAUGAUGUUCGAGCCGGCGGACUUGGAGCAGGCAUCACCAGCCACCGUGUCGCGUUGCGGAAUGAUCUACAUGGAGCCAUCGCAGCUGGGAUGGCGGGCUCUCCACAAGAGCUUCACCAAUGUUCUGGUCAACAAGGUGGGUCUCAGUGAGAUCUACAUGACCCUGUUCGAGGACAUGACCGAGUGGCUGGUGCCGGCUGCCCUGGACUUCCUGCCCCAGUGCAAGCAAAUGCUGGAGCUGUCGCCCAUCUAUCAGUAUCAAACCUUUUCCAGAUUCUUUUUGCACUUCCUCGAGAAGCACAAGAUGUUCAACCAGGCCUGGUUCCAGCAGAUGUUCCUCUUCUGCUUCGCCUGGGCCUACUGCUCGGCGCUCACGGGUCAGGGUCAGAAGACCUUUGACACCCUGCUGCGCAAGGUGAUCUACGGUUCCAAUGAGACCUACCCCAAGCCCAAGUACUUUUCGCUGAAUCGCGGUCAGAUGUUCCCCGAGAAGUUGGUCUUCCUGGACUACAGAUUCGAUGAGGCCGAGAACUGGUGGACCUGGCAGAAGAGCGACGAUAGCUCGGGAGCCACAGCCAACUUCCCGGAGAAUGCCCAGAUUAGCGAGCUUAUCGUGCCCACCAAGGAAACGGGCUAUAUAUCCUACUGGCAGGACUUUUGCAUCUCGAAAUCAUACGCCAUGUUGGUCGUGGGUCCCACGGGAACGGGAAAGAGUGCCAUCCUCACCAGCAAUCUGCUGGCCAUGCCCAAGUUCGCCAACCUGGUCAAUGUCAUCAAUUUUUCAGCUCGAACCUCGGCUCAAAUGGUUCAGGAUACCAUCAUGAGCAAGUUGGAUAGGAGGCGAAAGGGAGUAUUUGGACCAUCACUGGGUAAAAAGUGCACUGUCUUCUGCGAUGAUGUGGCCAUGCCCUCGAAGGACACCUAUGGCUCUCAGGCUCCUCUGGAGCUGCUCCGCACUUGGCUGGAUCAUGGUUAUUGGUCGGACCUUGUCGAUACCACCAAAAUCGAACUGGUGGACAUGACGCUCAUCUGCGCCAUGGGCACUUUGGGUGGCAGUAACUUCAUUUUCCCGCGUCUCUAUCGCCACAUGUUCGUGGUGGCAGUCGAUUCCUUUGAGGACUCCACCAUCGUUCGAAUAUUCACAACGAUUGGUGAUUGGCAUUUUUCCAAGGGUUAUCCGGAAAAGGUGGCUCUGCUGUCCCGCGGCUUAUCGGAGGCCAUGGUCAGUGUGUACCGCGAGGCGAUUCGCAGCUUCCUGCCCACGCCGGCCAAGUCGCACUACUCCUUCUCCCUGCGGGACAUCACCCGCGUCUUCCAGGGCAUCGUGAUGGUGCCACCCAAGCGGAUGCCCGACCCCGAGAAGCUGGGUCGCCUGUGGGCCCACGAAACCUAUCGCGUGUUUUACGACCGUUUGGUGGACCAGAAGGAUCGAGAUCGUCUGCUCCUGAUGGCCGUGGAUGCCUGCAAGUCGAAUCUGAGAUUCCCCCUGGAGCAGGCCUUUGGCGAACGCAUCGAACCGGGCGAAAAACUGACCGACAACGAUCUCCGCAACCUCUUCUAUGGGAACUACAUGGAACCGGAUGCCGAGCCCAAGUAUUACGAUGAGGGCGAAACCUACGAAAAGUUGGAGAAACUGAUGAAGUACUAUCUCAGGGAGUACAACUCAUUCUCCAGCUCACCCAUGGAUCUGGUCAUGUUCCGAUUUGCCAUCGAACAUGUGAGCAGAGUUUCCCGGGUGCUGCAGAUGCCGCGGGGCAACAUCCUGAUGGUGGGCAUGGGCGGAUCGGGACGCCGCAGCUCCGCCCGCCUGGCCGCCUACAUAGCCGACUGCCGGCUGAUGACGGUGCAGGUGUCCAAGAGCUACACCAUCGCGGACUGGCGGGACGACCUGAAGAAGAUUCUGAUGGCGGCCAGCUUCAACCUCAACCACACCGUGUUCCUCUUCUCCGACGCACAGGCAACGGAUGAGGGCUACGUGGAGGAUAUCAAUGGCAUACUUAAUACCGGUGAUUUGCCCAAUCUCUAUCAGCUGGAGGACAAGGCAACCAUCAUGGAGAAUAUGGCAAAUGUAGCCAAACAAUUGGGCAAGAUUCUGGACACGCUGCCCAGCGAGGUGUACGCCUACUACAUCGAUCGCAUCCGGGAGCAGCUCCACAUCGCCCUGGCCUUCUCGCCCAUCGGCGACUCCUUCAAGGAGCGCAUCCGCGUGUAUCCCUCGCUGAUCAACUGCUGCACCAUCGACUGGUACAUGCCCUGGCCGGAGGAGGCGUUGUCCCGCGUGGGCGUCUACUUCGUCACCUCGAUGCACCUGAACCGUCCGCACGGCGAAGAGCAACAGGAGCAGGUCCAGGUCAAGGACCCCGCCGAUCCCGACCAGGAGGAGGUGGUGCGUCGCGAAACGGUUGACGGGGAUCGGGAGCUGACCCAAUUGGAGGCUGACCUGGUCGACUGCGUCAUGUACUUCCAUCAGUCGGUGGUGGAUGCCAGUGAGAAGUGCUACUUGGAGUUGAAUCGCCGCAAUUAUGUGACACCCUCUGCCUAUUUGGAGUUGCUAAAGGCGUUCCGGACUUUCUACACCAGGAAGCUGGACGAGAUUACCCGGCUGAGGGAUCGCUAUACCACUGGUCUGGAGAAACUCGACUUUGCCGCCGGUCAGGUGGGUGAAAUGCAGACGAAUCUGUAUGAUUUGCAGCCCAAGCUGAAGGUCCUUUCCGAGGAAACGGAUCGCAUCAUGGUGAACAUAGAGCGGGAGACGGCGGAGGCGGAGAAGAAGAAGGAAGUGGUGGGUGCGGAUGAGGCGGCGGCCAAUGAAGCUGCUGCUGCAGCUCAGGCAAUCAAGGAUGAUUGUGAAACCGAUCUUGCCGAGGCGAUUCCCGCCAUGGAGGCAGCUUUGGAGGCUCUAAAUACCCUAAAACCAGCUGAUAUAUUCAUUGUGAAGUCCAUGAAGAACCCUCCAUAUGGUGUCAAGUUGACCAUGGAGGCGGUUUGCGUAAUCAGAGGCAUCAAACCCGAUCGAAAGCCGGAUCCCAGUGGGCAUAUGGUGGAGGACUACUGGGGACCCUCGAUGCGCAUGCUCAGCGACAUGAAGUUCUUGGACUCACUGAAAACCUUCGACAAGGACAAUAUACCUCCGGCGAUUAUUAAAAGGAUUCGGGAGAAGUACAUUGCGGAUCGGGACUUUGUGCCCGAGAAGAUCAAGGCGGCUUCAAUGGCUUGCGAGGGCAUUUGCCGCUGGGUGAGGGCCAUGGAUGUUUACGACAAGGUGGCCAGGAUUGUGAUGCCCAAGAAGGCGGCUCUGGCCGAGGCCGAGGGAGAGCUUUCCCAGCAAAUGGAGAAGCUGAAUGCCAAGAGGGCGGAGCUCCAGGUUAUCCUAGACAAGCUGCAGAAGCUCAACGACUUCUUUGCGGAAAAGUCAAGGGAAAAGAAGCGACUGGAGGAUGAAAUCGACAACUGCGAGAAGAAGUUGAACAGAGCUGAAAAGCUGCUGGGUGGCCUUGGAGGCGAGAAGACCCGCUGGUCAGAGGCAGCCAAGAAUCUUCACGAAUCCAUUAGCAACAUUGUGGGCGAUGUCCUGCUCGCCGGUGGUUGCACCGCUUACCUGGGCUAUUUUACCACGGAGUACCGUGUUAACAUUCUGGACGACUGGAAUGCCCUGUGCCUGCGCAAACACAUUCCCAGCAGCGAAACCUUCUCCCUGGCCACCACUUUGGGUCAUCCGAUGACAAUUAGAGCCUGGUCCUUGGCUGGUCUGCCGGCAGAUAAUUUUUCGGUGGAGAAUGGCAUCAUAGUGACCAACUCCAGUCGUUACUCGCUGCUCAUCGAUCCACAGGUGCAAGCCAACAAAUGGAUCAAGAAUAUGGAGAAGAACAACGGCCUGAAGGUGAUCAAGCAGAGCGAUGCCAACUACAUGCAGGUUUUGGAGUUGGCCAUAACCUUUGGUCAACCCGUGCUUAUAGAGAAUGUGGGUGAAAAGCUCGACUCGAAUCUGACGCCCAUUCUGGAGAAGAACAUCAUCAAACACAAGGGCGGUGUGUUUAUCAAGAGCGGCGACCAAAUGAUAGAAUACAAUCCCAACUUUCGUCUUUACAUAACGACCUGUCUCCGCAAUCCGCGUUAUCCGCCGGAAGUGAUGGUUAUGGUAACAGUAUUAAAUUUCAUGAUAACGGAGCAGGGAUUACGCGAACAAUUGCUGGCGAUUGUGGUGGCUCACGAGCGUCCCGAUUUGCAAGAGAAGAAGGAACAAUUGAUUAUUGAGUCCGCAAGGAAUCGUGAUGCAUUGUACACCAUCGAAUCGAAGAUAUUAGAGGUUCUGUCCACCUCAGAAGGUAACGUCCUAGAGGAUGAAAACGCCAUCAACAUCCUUUCGUCCAGUAAAAUUCUAUCGGAGGACAUUCAGGAAAAGCAGGUGAUUGCAGUGGCCACUGAAAUCGAGAUAGACGCCGCCCGGCAGCAAUAUAUUCCGGUGUCCAAGCACUCGGCCAUCCUGUUUUUCUGCAUCAGCGAACUGGCGAAUGUGGAUCCCAUGUACCAGUACUCCUUGUCCUGGUUCCUCAAUCUCUUUGUCAACACUAUCUUGAAGGCACCGAAAUCGGAUCAACUGGGCGAACGUUUGAAGAACCUCAAUGACUACUUCACCAAGUCCAUCUAUACGAAUGUGUGUCGCUCUCUGUUUGAGAAGGACAAGCUGGUCAUCUCCCUGGUCAUGUGCCUGGGCAUCCUGGUUUCACAGGGUCGAGUGGAGAAGGCCGCCCUGCUCUUCUUCCUCACAGGAGGCAUUGGCUACAAGAAAAUUCCGGCGAAUCCUUUGGCUUCCUGGCUGCCCGAUAAAUCCUGGACGGUUAUAUGCAGGGCUGCGGACCUGGAAGGCCUCAAGAACCUGCCCCAGAUGAUGGAGGUCCAUGCGGAUGCCUGGCACGACUUCUACGAUGCGAGCAAUCCCGACCAGCUGCUGCUGCCGGCUCCGCACAACACGGUGAACGACAUGUACUUCCUGAUCGUCAUCAAGGCUCUCCGUCCGGACAAGUUGGUGCCCGCCGUGCGGGCCUUCAUUACGCGCAACCUGGACCGCUCGUUUGUGGAGCCGCCACCCUUCGAUUUGGCGGCCUCGUUCGCGGAUAGCUCGCCGAAAAUUCCGCUGGUGUUCCUGCUCUCGGCCGGAUCGGAUCCCAUGGCCAGUCUCUUCAUGUUCGCCAAACAACGCAACAUGUACGACAAAUUGAAAACCAUCUCGCUGGGUCAGGGCCAGGGUCCGCGGGCGGAGAAGAUGAUUGUGGAGGCGGCGCGACAUGGCCAGUGGGUGGUGCUGCAGAACUGUCACGUGGCCAUCAGCUGGAUGGGCGACCUGGAGCGGAUUUGCAACGACACCACCCUGACGGAUGGGGCCAACCACGACUACCGGCUGUGGUGCACCUCGUAUCCCAGUGCCGUCUUCCCCGUCUCCGUGCUCCAGAACUCCGUGAAGAUGACGAACGAACCGCCCAAGGGGCUGAGGGCCAACAUGCACCGCUCCUUCACCUCGGAUCCCCUGAUGCGGGACAAGUUCUUCACCAACGCGUUCCUCUUCUCGGACAGCGCCAACAAGUGCUGGCUGAGGGGCGUCUUCGCCCUGGUCUUCUUCCACGCCGUCGUCCAGGAGAGGAGGGAGUUCGGACCCCUGGGAUGGAACAUCCCCUACGAGUUCAACGAAUCGGAUUUGAAAAUUUCCCUGUUGCAACUAAAGAUGUUCAUCACACAAAGCCAAAGUAUUCCCUUCCGAGGACAUGUUUAUUUGACCGGAGAGUGCAACUAUGGAGGUCGAGUCACUGACGACAAGGAUCGUCGUUUGAUUCUGUCCCUGUUAAAUAUGAUAUACAAUCCCAAUACCAUAGAAGAGGAUAACUAUGCCCUGUCUCAAUCCGGAAACUAUCUGGUUCCCUUGAGUCCCACUCGCUUGAACUCCAUUGAGUAUGUGUCCAGUUUCCCCUUGAGUCCCCAUCCCGAGGUCUAUGGGCUACAUGAAAAUGCGGACAUCAAUCGCAAUGUCAAGGAAACCAAUGCUCUCAUUAGUGGCGUUCUGCUGACCCAGACGGAUCUGAUGGCCUCGGUGAAGGCCAGUUCCACGGGCGGAGCCAAGGAAGAUCCGGCCAUAGCCAUCUGCAAGCAGGUGCUGAGCCAGCUGCCCGAUGAAUUCGACAUCGACGAGGUCUCCAAGUCGUAUCCCGUGAUCUACACCAACUCGAUGAACACCGUGCUCCGCCAGGAGCUGAUUCGCUUCAACCGGCUGCUCUCGUACAUCCGGAAGAGCCUGGUCAACGUGGGCAAGGCGGUGGUGGGCCAGAUUGCCAUGAUACCCGAACUGGAGCGGACACACGCCUCGAUGGUCAUUGGCAAGCUGCCGGCGGACUGGCUAAAGAAAAGCUAUCCGUCGCUUAAGCCAUUGGGCAGCUACGUGAGCGACCUUUUGGCCCGGCUGGCCUUCUUCCAGGAUUGGAUAGACAACGGCGAGCCGAUGGUUUAUUGGAUAUCUGGCUUCUACUUCACCCAGUCCUUCAUCACCGGUGUCCUGCAGAAUUACUCGCGAAAGAAUCGCUUCCAGAUCGAUAUGAUCCUGAUUGAGUUCGCGGUGACCAAGUUCGAGUCCCAGGUCCCUGGUACUCCCGAGGUGGGGGCCUAUAUCCGGGGCAUUUUCAUUGAGGGUGCUCGCUGGAAUCGCAAAACCAAGGAGGUGGACGAGUCCUUUUCGAAGAUCCUGUUCGACACGCUGCCGGUUAUUUACCUGCGACCCGUGCUGAAAGCCCUAGAGGAUCUGCCCCGAUCCACCGGCGGCGGUGAGCCGGAGACCACCUACGAUUGUCCUGUUUACAAGACCAGCGAGCGGAGGGGCGUCCUGUCCACCACCGGCCAUUCGACCAAUUUCGUGAUGUACCUGCAACUGAGGUGCUCCCGGAAGCCCAUGCAUUGGAUUAACCGGGGCACGGCCUGCCUGUGCCAACUGGACGACUGAUUGGGAUUGGGAUUGGGAGUGGCCAUGGGCCAGGUGGUCCAGGUCCAGGUCCAGAUCCUGAAACUGUGCCUAUUUACGUUGUUUUUUUCUCGUCGGCACAAAGGGCCAUCUAUAUGCAGAUAUACAUUUUGAUUUUGUUCCGUUUGAUUCCGCAUCCCAGGAAGCCCCAAAAGCGAACUGUCGUGUUUGUUUCGUUGGCCCCCGUUUGCCGCAUUCACCGGGGGCAAUGUGGCAAGGUGGCGGGGGCACGAUGAUGAUGAUGCUGAUUGCCAGAUAUAAAUUAAAUAUGCACAGUACUAUACAGCCUGGCUGGAUAUAUAUAUUUUUUAUGUGCGCCAUUUACAAAUGAAUAAACGAAAGAAUAAAGCCCCCAAUGCUGUGUGAAUAUAUUUGAAACUG